AUGGAUUCCCUUAUCAAUCCCGACCCCUCGCCCUUUCUCAGCCCUGCCGCCCAACCACGGGCAGCCCUCAAUCAUCAAGCCACUCCAAUUUUGGCCACCCAAUCUCCUCUAGCUUCCAUCAGAACCACUCCUACUUCUGCUUCCCAGCCUCCUGCAGCCACUACUACUCCUGCCUCCCAGCUUCCUCCUGCCAGCACUCCCCGACGGCGAAGUCCCCGGCGCCGGACUCCCAAUACGCCCGGCUCCACUCCUCCACAGCCGCGUACUCUCAACACUCCAAACACCCCAGUGCCGGCUCCACCUCCUCCUCUCGGGCCUACUGAUUAUGCUCCCGCUGAUAGUGAUCUUCCCGGGUUUUCUCCCACCACAGCCGACAACAGUCUAGACGCUCUUUAUGGUGACCAUGUCCACUGGAAUGACGGCACCCACCUUCAUGGUGGCAUCGAUCCCAUAACCGAUCAACUCUGGCAGUCCUAUUUACAACGUCUAUAUCAAUGCCUUCCCCAUCAAUACCAUCUUCCCGGUGGUGCUCUUGCCGAACGCUUCCUCGGAACCUAUGCUGAUCUUAUUGAAGGUGUCGUCUACCGACGUCACAACUGGGAAAAGCCCCUGAUUUUUACCAUGGUCAUUCUUCAAAAGGUCCCUCAUGUUCGCCGGAACCGCGACAUCAAACCACUGCUGACUCGGCGUCUUGAUCAAUGGGACAGUGGUCUUUAUGAAUCACUUGUUACCGAAUGUCACAAAGCCAUGGAGUCUUUCCUCUCCGAUCGCCGCGGCUCCAGCACACCAGAACAACGAGCCCGCCGCUUUCAGCAUCUCAUGCUUCAAGGUGAGGUGCGCCGAGCUGUCCGCUUUAUCACUGCACGUGAACAAUUCGGCGUGCUGCUCCCCACAGCUCACACUGAUGACGGCAAGGGCACCGAGCGGUCUGUCUUGGACAUUCUCAAAUCCAAGCAUCCCUCUCCAACCCCUAUUAAUUUAGCCCAGCUUCCCAAAUUCGAUGCUCCCCCACCAGCCUUUGUAGAUCUUCAAAUUACCCCUGAAAUUUCUGAACAGGUUGCUGGCAAACUAUCCGGUGCUUGUGGCCUAGGCGGCACCGAUGGUCCAACUCUCAAAAAUUGGCUCCUUCGCUAUCGCCGAGCUAGUACCCAACUUCGAGCUGCGUUUGGUCUCUUUGCUCAAUGGCAAGCCAACAACUUGGUUCCUUGGGCCGCCAUCCGAGCUCUCAAUGCCAAUCGCGGCAUGGCUCUCGAUAAAUUUCCCGGUGUACGCCCCAUAGGUAUUGGUAACAUUGAACGACGCUACAUUGCCAAAUGUGUCCUCGCUGUUGCUGGCCCCGCUGCGGCUGCAGCAGCUGGCACUUCUCAGCUUUCCGUUGGUUUGAAAGCAGGCAUUGAAGGUGCCGUCCACACGGCAAAUCAUGUUUGGGAUCAUCACCUUGGCUCAUCUGACAGUCUCGACUCUGAUUUUGGCUUCCUUAUUAUAGAUGCUUCUAACGCCUUCAACGAAUUGAAUCGAACUGCCAUGCUUUAUACAGUUCGCCAUCUUUGGCCCGAAGGCGCCCGCUUUACCUUCAACAGUUACAAACAUUGGUCCCUUGUUAUUUUUCACGACUCCACCGCUGGAACAGCUCACAUUAUCCUCAGCGCUGUUGGAGUCGUGCAAGGUGAUCCUUUAGCCAUGUACUGCUACGGUUUAGCCUUAGUUCCUCUCAUUAAACGGCUUCACCAUGAGUUCCCUCACCUUUUGCAUCUCUGGUAUGCCGAUGAUACCAAUGCUGCCGGCAAAUUUACUGAUUUACAAUUGCUUCUAGACUAG